CUCUCCGUCAGUUUUGUUUUGGUCGUGACGGUGGAAUUGCAAAAAAGCUGCAAGAUAAAUGCAAUUUAAGCAAUUUUGUGAUAUAAAAUAUAAGAAAUCGCCACUAGUUCUCCAUCAGCCAAGCCAUUGAGCGUAUACGAAAAUGUCCGAGGCAUCAAAUAUUCCAUAUCCUGCCGAUUUUCGCGACUCAGAAGAUGAUGAUCUUGAACUCUUUGACAGCUACUCCAAUCCUGAAUCGGAUUUUGAGGACACCUUGGAGAAUUCUGUGAUGAAAACACGGAUGAACCUGAAAAUGAGAAUUGUUCCGGACAAGACUCACACUGCCGGGCUGCAUGGGAAGCCUUUUGAUGCAUCCCUUGCACCAGAAAUCCAAGCUUGGUACGAUGAGUUCAAGCAGAUUUGGAAUCAAUACAAAAAGGGUCCUGUUGUGACGAAAUCCUUGGAGUUGUUUUACUCAUCCUGCGAUAAUCCUUUCCUAAUGAGCUUAAAGCUUUUUGCUGACUGCCCAAAUUUAUCAAAUAUCAAGCCAAAUAGUAUGCCAUAUGCUAUUCUGGAGGAGCUUCAAAAGUACAAAAAGAGCAAGAAUCUGAAUGUUUCAAACUACGUGGAUGACAAUCUCAAGAUGGUGACGUUUAAUUUGGUGAAGGGACAGGGGCAGCUGAAUCUCUUCAAAGUAGCCAAAGAGACGUUUGAGCUUGUGGAGAGUAAGCAAAUCUUCGUGGAGGAAGUUCGAAAGAUGACACGACAGGGGCAGUACAAGGAAGCGUGCCAAAUUGCAACGGAACUAGAGAUGUUUGAGGAGUUUGAUUUGUACGAAUUGGUACUGCCGCUACUGCUGCAGGAUAAGAUCACCGUUGUGGAGGAAUAUCUCAAUGGGGCUGUGCACCUGAGGAAACCACUUGUGGAACUUCUGGACUCCUUCCUGGACAAGAAGAUGUCCGUGUCGAAUAAUUGCGAAAAAGUGAUUGCAAAGUACAAUUAUCCUGAUGUGCGGUACAACAAAUUGGACACAAAACCAUUGACCAAGCUUAUUCAGAGACUAGCAAAGAUGUACGACAUGCCCAAAGAGUUGACGCCAAAUAUGAAUAAGCGACACAACUACGGGGCACUUCAGUUUCUCAUCCACAAAAGGUUCAUCGACAAGAGUCUCAACAAGGACUCUUGGCAGGAAAUGGUAAAAGUUACCGUGCCAAUGGAUGCUCCGGAUCUGCAGCUGGAGCUGGUGAAUGCGUGCUCAGACUUUGGUGAUACAUCCGAUGGUGCAAUGUGGGCAAAGUACUUCAAUGUUCCCCACAAUGAUCUUCCCAUAGAUGUGAGUGAAUUCGUAGCAGGUAAACCAUCAGCAUACCCACAGUAUCCACACCCAGAUGAUUGGGAUAAGGUGGAUCAAGGUCAGGGUGUGGCCUACCACAGACUCCGCAAAGACACGAAGAUCAUCCUCGUGGCAACACGCACCGAAUUCCGGGAGAUGAUUGAUUACCUGCGCGAGCAGAGUGUUGUGGGCUUCGAUGCGGAGUGGAAGCCAACAUUCCGUGCCAACAACGAGGUGGCACUCAUUCAACUGGCCACACGUACCCGCGUCUACCUGAUUGAUGUGAUUUGCCUGAGAGUACAAAGUGAGGACUGGACGCGUCUCGGGAGGCUUGUCUUCAACAACGACGAAGUCCUCAAGUUGGGCUUCUCGCCAGCCAAUGAUGUCUCCAUCCUCCAAAAAUCUCUGCCCACACUCAAUCUCCAUCCCGUUACUUCCGUUGCUGCUGGCUAUUUGGAUUUACAGGAGCUACGUCGACGUGUACUGCACAUCCCCAAGUUUCGCUUUCCCUUCAGCGGAGAACGGCAUGCCGGGAAGAUUCCCACGGGGGAGAAUCUCAGCAACCUCGUGUACCUCUGCCUGGGUAAGCAACUGGAUAAGUCCAAUCAGUUCUCCAACUGGGAGAAACGACCACUGCGUCAAGACCAAAUCAACUAUGCUGCCCUCGAUGCUUUCUGCCUCCUUGAGAUCUUCGACGUGCUCGAAGGUAUCCUCACACGGAUGGGCUACGACUUUGGGGAAUUCAUCAACAAUCUCCUCACAGAAUCACGCGGAAAGCGCGCAAACUCUGCCCGCAAGGCACAGUAAGAGAUCUCGCACGGAGGUUUUGAAAGAAAAAAAAUGUGUUCACACGUCUCGCCGUUCAUUGAGCAUUCUGGUGAUGAUUUGUUAAUAGAUGGGAGGGAAGAUGUGAAUGAAAUACGGAAGACGAUAACCAAGGUACAGAAUUUGUGAAGAUGAUGAUGAAAAAAAUUGGGAAUUUUGCCAACAUCGUUCAGCAACAUAAUUUGUGGUAUAUUAUAUUUUUUUGAGAUAAAAAAGAUGAAUAAUAAUUUACGUAUAGCUGCAUAAUAUAUUCUGAAGAUGUGUAGUUAUGUGCAGAAAUAUGUGUAAACAAUGAUGAAUUACAUUACACUGAAAUAUUAAACAUCUUAUGUUUAACAACAAA